UCCAACACACACACUCACACACACACAGAGUGCACCAAGAGUUCAGUGUGCGUUUACCUACAAUUAAGGGGAGUGGAAAUAUUUGGGGGGAAGUAUUCAGUUUAUCCAUCCACUGUUCAUUCGGUCGGAACGAGGUCCGCGUACUUUCUCUGCGCAUCUGCAGGUUGGGUUGGGCAUGUGUUGCAUGUGAGAGGAGACGGAGUGCGCAGGGUUUGCAGAAAAGGACAGAGUGAAAACAGAACAACACCACUCCACACACCAUGAAGACAGAGGACUCUGUUAAUCAGAGUCUCAAUGCUGUUGGGGCUCUGCAGUGCAUGUCUGGCAGUAAUUAUGAUGGCAAAGGGAAGAGGAUUAAGGUGCUAUCCCAUCCAGGGGUCCUAUUAGUGGGACUGAUGUUCUUGGCCACACUCCCUUUUGGAGCAAGCAUCAAACAAAGUGUCCCCAGAGUCAAACUCAGUCAUAGAGAACUGCUGCAAGCUGGCAGCAUAUCUCUUUUUUUGGGCCCAUCUGAUGGCCUCCACUCCCACUCGCUGCUGUUGGAUGAGGAGAGAGGACGUCUUCUGUUGGGAGCCAGGGAUUACAUCUACCUGCUUGACCCUGACAAUUUAGCCAGAGCCCCUAGAAAGAUUCACUGGCCUGCUCCAUGGCACCAAGUUGAAAUGUGUCAACUGGCAGGAAAACAUAUAAAUUUGGAGUGUGGUAACUUUGUCAGGGUCCUCCACAACUACAAUCGAACCCAUGUCUAUGCCUGUGGGACAGGAGCCUUCCACCCCAACUGUGCUUUCAUUGAAAUAACUGGCCGCAGAGAGGAUGGUGUGUUUCAACUGCUGUUUAGUACAGUGGAGUCUGGCAGAUUGAAAUGUCCUUUUGACCCCUUGCAGCCAUUUACCUCAGUCCUCACAGAUCAGUACCUGUAUGCUGGCACAUCUUCAGACUUCCUGGGCAAAGAUACAACAUUCACACGCUCCCUUGGCCCUCCACCUGACCAGCAUUACAUACGCACAGACAUCUCCGAAGACUACUGGAUCAAUGAGGCCAGGUUUAUAUCUGCUCAUCCCAUUGCUGACACCUACAAUUCAGAUGAUGAUAAGAUAUACUUUUUCUUCCGUGAGGUGUCGUGGGAAGGGAACGACAAGAGCAUCAUGUCCCGAGUGGCUCGUGUGUGCAAGAAUGAUGUGGGUGGGCUGAGGAGUCUCACCAAUAAAUGGACCACCUUCCUCAAAGCCAGGCUUGUGUGUUCCAUCCCAGGACCAGACGGAGUGGACACACACUUUGAUGAGCUUCAGGACAUCUUUCUCCUCCCUACAAGAGAUGACAAAAAUCCCAUAGUGUAUGCAGUUUUCACCACCUCCAGCUCCAUUUUCCGUGGCUCAGCAGUGUGUGUGUACAGCAUGGCAGACAUAAGAGCUGUGUUUAACGGACCUUACGCCCACAAGGAGGGGCCCAGCCACCGAUGGGUAGAAUACGAGGGGAAGAUACCGUAUCCCCGCCCUGGAACGUGUCCCAGCAAGACAUAUGAUGCAAGGAUCAAGACAACCAAAGACUUCCCAGAUGAUGUGGUCAGCUUCAUUCGAUUCCACCCUCUUAUGUAUCGCUCUGUCUACCCUCUGACCGGCCGACCCGUGUUCACACGUGUCCGAGUGGACUACACCCUGACUCAGAUUGUGGUGGACAGAGUUUUGGCAGAGGACGGACAAUAUGAGGUCAUGUUCCUGGGAACAGAUGCUGGUUCAAUUCUGAAGGUGGUGAGCAUCACUCAAAAUAAUUGGUCAACUGAAGAAGUGGUGCUUGAAGAGCUUCAAGUUUUCCAGGUUCCCACUCCCAUCCUCAGUAUGGAGAUGUCUUCAAAACAGCAACAGCUCUACGUGGGUUCAAAUGAAGGGCUAGCCCAGGUUUCACUCAGUAGAUGUCACCUGUAUGGCCAAGCCUGUGCUGAUUGCUGCCUGGCACGAGACCCCUACUGCGCCUGGGAUGGACACACAUGCUCACGAUACAUCCCUGCAUCCAAGAGACGAGCCAGAAGACAGGACAUAAAGCAUGGAGACCCUGCCAGUCAGUGUUGGGACACAGAAGACAGUCUUCUUAGGGGACUGGUGGAGGAGAGGGUCCUCUUUGGGGUGCAGAGCAACUCCACCUUCCUUGAGUGUAUCCCCAAAUCUCAACAGGCCCAGAUCCGGUGGUACAUACAAAGACCUGGAUCUGAACGCAGGGAGGAGGUUAGGCUGGAUGAUCGUGUUAUACACACAGAUCGAGGUCUCUUGAUUCGCUCCCUCCACGCCUCUGAUGCUGGUGUGUAUGUCUGCGUGGCUCAAGAGCACACACACUUCACCCACACUCUCCUCCGGCUCACGCUUCAACUUGUUACACAUGGACAACUGGAUGGAAAGCCUAAACCCAGUGAGGAUCCUGUCAUGGAGCUACGUCACGGUGCUGAGUCCCGCCAGCGUUAUAAAGACUACCUGAGAGUGAUGAGCUCUCCCUAUGGCUCUCUUGAGGAGUACUGUGAUUCAUUAUGGCAAGAGAAGAGGCCUUCAAGGGUGCGAGGACGUGGCUUAGGAGCUGGCAAAUGGAAACAUAUCCAGGAAAUGAAAAAGAGCAGGAACAGGAGACAUCACAGAGAGAGGGUAGAAGAGUGGGGAAAACAAGAGAGGUGGUGAGGACAGAGAAGCAGUGAGGGAUGUGAUAAAAAACAAAAACAUUCAGGGUUAGCUGUUUAUUUUCACCAGGCAUGACACAGAACUGCAAAAUUGCAAUGACAGAUCAAUUCACGGACAAGCAAAAUCUAACUCAGAGCUAAUGGGGCAUGAAAGGCUGAAAUAUACAGUUCAGGAGUUCAAAAUAGAAAGUCAACAAGUAAUGUAGUUUUGGUUUGUGAAUAUGUAAUUUCUUCCAGCUACAGUUCUGCUUGCAAAUGUAUGUUUCAGUGAAAACAUCGGAGACUAAAUAACAAUGAUUUUUGCGUAAUUUUUUUGUGUAAAACAUUGCAUAGUCGUCCAAUUACUUCUGUUUCAGCUACAGUGCUACUGGAGAUGAGCUGACCGGAUGAACGAUUGCACAUUGCAACUGAAGUGUCUUUUCUACAGCUUUCAAAGUUUUUUUCCCCAGCAGAACAGAAUGAUGGUUAACAGAGUUUAUUUGAUGGUAUUGAAACAUAUGGUUGAAUUGGUGAGAUUGGGAAGAAACUUGUGGUGAUGACAAUGCAUUAAUGUUGAAUGACUGUAAAUAUUUAUAUAACAUGUACAGGAGAUGCAGCAUGCUCACUGUAGUCUUAUUACUGAUCUGUAUGCCUAUAAUGCUAAUCAUUUAUAAUGUUUGAGCUGACAAAAUGACAUAUUUUUGUACAAAUGUUUCACUCCUAUGUACUGUAGGUUAAAUAGAUGUUUUCUUCAUUGCUGUUUUUGAAGGGUAUUUAAAUAAAUUUGUCUUGGAUCCUC